AUGACUUUUGGCCAAAAGAGUCACCUGGUAUACAGCGAAGUUGAAGUGGAAAGAAAAAAAGAACUUUCCCUGACCGGGAAUCGAACCCGGGCCGCGGCGAUCCGGAAAACCGGAGGACAGCGGCGAUGUGAGAGUCAGAGUACUACUGCUUUCUCAGAAAAGAAACCUCCAGCAGUCACUGGGAAGGUGUUGGGGUCCUUUAAGGAAGGAAACAAAACGCAUGUGUCAGAAGUGGGAUUCGAACCCACGCCUCUGUUCAGAGACCAGAACGCCCGCAGGGAAGGUAUUUCUGCCCUAUCGUCCCUGCCAAACCCAUCCUUCAAGAUCACUCCUCCUCCUCCGCCAAGUCUCACAGCCAUGGUUAGAGAUAAAGGAGAAACAGUGAGUGUGGAUCCAGCUCAGCCCCAAUGCCCAUCUUGUCCCAAAGCACAUUCUAGGGACUCUUCUCCAACGCCUGAGAUUUAUGGACCUGAAGAAAAUAAUUCAUCCUUGCAAAUGUCAUCUGUUGAGACACCUCACAUGGAGACUAUCUCUCAUCUUCCUUCCUCCAUGGAUCUGCUUAUUCAGGACAUCCCCAAUUCUUUCACCAGUCCCAGACUAAAACUACUACCUGCUUCCAUAGAGGAGAGGACAAUGAAGAAGGAAGAUACGGUCCAGGGCAAGAAACAGAAGAUCAAAACAGUGUUCUCUCAGACCCAGCUAUAUGUACUCAAUGAUAGAUUUCAGAGACAGAAAUACCUCAGUCUCCAGCAGAUGCAAGAACUUGCCAACAUUCUGAAACUUAGCUAUAAGCAGUUUAAGACCUGGUUCCAGAACCAGAGAAUGAAAUGUAUGAGAUGGCAGAAAAACAACUGUCCAAAGAAUAGCAACAGUGUGACUCAGAACAGCUCAGAAACUACAGAAUAUACAGGCUUCUAUUCCUAUCACUGGGGAUACCUGAUGAACACUUUUGGAAAUCUUCCAAAAUGGAGAAACCAGACCCGGAACAGCCAGUCUUGGAGCAACCAUUCCUGGAACAGUCGGAACAACUAG